AAUACGCCAAUAGGUGUAGUCUGCCAUAAAAUCUUAAAGGAGAACAAGACAACAGAAAGUUGUUGACGAGGACAGCUAGCGACGAACAGUUCAUAUCAUACAAAGAAACAGCUUCCACAAUGGGUCGGGACAAAGCUAGUCCGUCCCCCUCCACACUCCAGGAGUCCCCAGGUCCACCGCCUCUCCGUACUUUACUGCUGGUUCUGGUCGACUGUAGGAAAACACCAGGGCAGAGUGGAACUGAGAGACGAGAAGAGGAACAUGGAGAUAUGAUUUCAUUACGUAAGAACCAUGGGGACAUCAAUAAUCGUUGCUCUCUUAGUGGGAGGGGCUUAUCAUCUGGACAGCCUCAACAACAUCAUGAUGCUGACAAGAAAGAGAAGAGUCUCUCCAGAUCAGAACACUUCAAGAAACACCAGCAUAGAGGUAUAGGGAAGAAACCUCACCACUGCUGCUCUGACUGUGGGAAGAGUUUGGCUGAACAAGACUUGACAAUUCAUGAGCAAAUUCACACUCUAGAGCAUGCAUCUAAAACCUUGAAAUCUCAUCUGAGAACUCAUUCAGGGGAGGGACCUUAUACCUGCUUUGAUUGUGGAAAAUACUUAAAUCAGUCAGGAGCCCAGACUAAACACACAGGAGAGAAGCCUUAUAGCUGUGAUCAGUGUGGGAAGAGCUUCAGUCAAUCAGGACACCUGACUAUACACCAACGCAUACACACAGGAGAGAAGUCUUAUGGCUGUGAUCAGUGUGGGAAGAGCUUCAGUCAAUCAGGACACCUGGCUAUACACCAGCGCAUACACACAGGAGAGAAGCCUCAUAGCUGUGAUCAGUGUGGGAAGAGCUUCAAUAAUUCAGGAGACCUGACUACACACCAACGCAUACACACAGGAGAGAAGCCUUAUAGCUGUGAUCAGUGUGGGAAGAUUUUCAAUCACUCAGGGGCCCUGACUAGACACCAACGCAUACACACAGGAGAGAAGCCUUAUAGCUGUGAUCAGUGUGGGAAGAGCUUCAAUAAGUCAGGAUCCCUGAAUACACACCAACGCAUACACACAGGAGAGAAGCCUUAUAGCUGUGAUCAGUGUGGGAAGAUUUUCAAUCACUCAGGAUCCCUGACUAGACACCAACGCAUACACACAGGAGAGAAGCCUUAUAGCUGUGAUCAGUGUGGGAAGAGCUUCAAUCAAUCAGGAUCCCUGACUACACACCAACGCAUACACACAGGAGAGAAGCCUUAUAGCUGUGAUCAGUGUGGGAAGAGCUUCAAUAAGUUAGGACACCUGACUACACACCAGCGCAUACACACAGGAGAGAAGCCUUAUAGCUGUGAUCAGUGUGGGAAGAGCUUUGCUCAAUUUGGAAUCCUGGCUACACACCAACGCAUACACACAGGAGAGAAGCCUUAUAGCUGUGAUCAGUGUGGGAAGAGCUUCAGUCGAUCAGGAGACCUGACUACACACCAGCGCUUACACACAGGAGAGAAACCUUAUAGCUGUGGUCAGUGUGGGAAGAGCUUCAGUCGAUCAGGAGACCUGACUACACACCAACGCAUACACACAGGAGAGAAGCCUUAUAGCUGUGAUCAGUGUGGGAAGAGCUUCAGUCAAUCAGGACACCUGACUAUACACCAACGCAUACACACAGGAGAGAAGUCUUAUGGCUGUGAUCAGUGUGGGAAGAGCUUCAGUCAAUCAGGACACCUGGCUAUACACCAGCGCAUACACACAGGAGAGAAGCCUCAUAGCUGUGAUCAGUGUGGGAAGAGCUUCAAUAAUUCAGGAGACCUGACUACACACCAACGCAUACACACAGGAGAGAAGCCUUAUAGCUGUGAUCAGUGUGGGAAGAUUUUCAAUCACUCAGGGGCCCUGACUAGACACCAACGCAUACACACAGGAGAGAAGCCUUAUAGCUGUGAUCAGUGUGGGAAGAGCUUCAAUAAGUCAGGAUCCCUGAAUACACACCAACGCAUACACACAGGAGAGAAGCCUUAUAGCUGUGAUCAGUGUGGGAAGAUUUUCAAUCACUCAGGAUCCCUGACUAGACACCAACGCAUACACACAGGAGAGAAGCCUUAUAGCUGUGAUCAGUGUGGGAAGAGCUUCAAUCAAUCAGGAUCCCUGACUACACACCAACGCAUACACACAGGAGAGAAGCCUUAUAGCUGUGAUCAGUGUGGGAAGAGCUUCAAUAAGUUAGGACACCUGACUACACACCAGCGCAUACACACAGGAGAGAAGCCUUAUAGCUGUGAUCAGUGUGGGAAGAGCUUUGCUCAAUUUGGAAUCCUGGCUACACACCAACGCAUACACACAGGAGAGAAGCCUUAUAGCUGUGAUCAGUGUGGGAAGAGCUUCAGUCGAUCAGGAGACCUGACUACACACCAGCGCUUACACACAGGAGAGAAACCUUAUAGCUGUGGUCAGUGUGGGAAGAGCUUCAGUCAAUCAGGAAACCUGACUAAACACCAGCGAAUACACACAGGAGAGAAAUCUUACUCCUGUCUAUGUGGAAAGAGCUUUGCUGGUUCAGGGUCACUGAAAAAACACCAGAAAGCACAAACGUUUUCUUUCAUUUCCCUCCUCUCUGGCACUGGUUCCAGAUCCCUAAGUAAGUUUAAAUAGAAAACAUGUUAAGAGUCAUGUCUCCCAUUCUCUAACAGUUUACUAAGUCUGAUUGCCAUGGUAACCUGUGUAGCAUAAUAUGCAGCUCUGCAUCCAUAUGUAUCAAGUGUCUUGGAGUAGGAGUGCUGUGUGUGGGAUGGGGUGGGGGUGUUCAGCGCUGUAUCUUUUAUUUUCUUAACUCAUAUUAUCCAUUAAAUAAUGUAUAAUAAAAUGUUUCACCACUAGUAGGUGUAUAUUCAUGUGUGGGGGGAAAUGUUGUCUGAAGGGAGAGCCUUGAAUUGUACUGCUUGUCUCAUACAAUCAUUGGUUCCUGUAGGUGCUGGGUAGAGAUGUGAGGGGGAGAUGGUCAUGACCCCCUCAGACAUUUUGGCAGAACGUCCAGAAUAUGUUCUAUAAGUUACAUGCAGGAACCAAACGUUAAUGAUGAAUAAUGUAAAUCAUGCAAAUAUAACUUGUCUGUGUAAGCAGUAUAUAAGAGAACUAACGGGACUGCCCCGAAAGAGCUCCCGACCGAAGUGUACUAUGGUGCAUUAAGUUUGUUGCAACCUCUCCAGCUUGCUGAUAAUAAAGAAUGAUGCAUUUAA